AAACGUGACCGGUGACGUCACCGAGCAGGCGGAGGGCUGUGAUUGGCCAGAGUCUGUAUGUUAUUGUGUUGCUGUCAGUCGUGCGAGGACGAGGCUGAUACAAGAGGAGCGUGAGUUGCCAGAGAAACGUGAUUACGUAAAGUGCCAAAGGGGAUAAUUUGCUCCACCGGUUGCUUAUGAUGGACGCCUGAGAAACGCCUCGACACUUUUGGCGUUUGUAGAAAGUCGCCAACACAAACACGUUCACAAGCAGACACCUUUGAAGACAGCGUCGGGCUGACACCGAAAACAGUCUUUACACAGGUGGGAAGGUGGAGUGGGGCUAUAGGCAGACCCAUGGCUGCAGUGCAUCACCCAGGUUACCCACUCAGGGACUCACUUUACUGGGAUGAAACAGAGUGCCUAAACUACUAUGGGAUGUUAUCCCUCCAUGAGGUCUUUGAAAUAGUUGGUUCUCAGCUGACAGAGACUGACAUUGAUGUGUUGUCGUUCCUUCUGAACGAAACAUGUCCCGCACCACACCCUCUUGAUCCAACUUGCUGGACGGUUACGCCCCAUGUAGGCGAUCCAGAUGAUUUGGGCAUCUCACCAAGUUCUGAGUUGGUAAAGGCGUGGAGGCGGAUAAAGCCUCAGAGUUCCCACGAUCAUUUAGUGGCCUCAUGUAAGCCCACGAAUGGCCUUGAGCUGUUGUUAGAGCUGGAAAGGAGAGGUUACCUCAGUGAUGGCAACCUGGAGCCACUACUGCAAUUACUGAGAGUCCUCACUCGUCAUGACCUGCUGCCUUUAGUGUCCCGCAAGAAAAGGAGGACAGUAUCUCCAGAGAGAAUUGAACACAGUUAUGGAAUAGAGAACAUCCAGCUGGUGUGCGCCUCUGGCAUGCAACAUACCUACAGAAGGACAGAAAUGACGCCUCCAUUUUUCGCACAGCAAUUCAGAACUGGUUUUUACCCUCCUAUGCCUGGGCCACCAACUAGGAGGAGAAGGAAGAAGAGGGGAAAUGGCUGGAGUCGCAAACCCAAGAAAACAAGCAGACCAGGGCAGCCGCUGCCUCCACCACAACCACCACACAAAGUGUCUUGCAAUAUCCGCCUGCGGGUCAGGGCCGAGUACCUGGAACAUGAGUCGGCACUCCGCAAUGGCGUCUCCUCGGACAAGCAGCAGCCCCUGGAGCGGCAGUUUGAGUUGUUCAGCCAAGCCAACUCGCUGCUUCGUGCCAGAGACCUUGGUUCCGUUGUCUGUGACAUCAAGUUCACAGAGCUGGACAACCUCGAGGCCUUUUGGAGUGACUACCUGAGCGGAGAUCUGCUGGAGGCCCUGAAGGGAGUCUUCAUCACUGACUCCUUGAGGAUGGCAGCAGGCACAGAGGGAGUCCGCCUGCUGAUCAGUGUGGACCAGGAUGACUACGAGGAGGGCCAAAGGCUACUGAGAGCAACCCUUGCCGGUAGGAGGAGAGUGAUGGCAUACAGUAAUGGUGGGCACAAAGAGACUCAUUGGGCUGUAUAGUAUGUAGCAUACUAACUUUGAAGAAGGCAAAUUCGGAAGCAUUUUAAGGCCUCUUUGUAAUUGCAAUCCUUGUAUUAGCCACUAGAUGGCAGCACUUACCAUCUGUUUGUGUCCAUAACAGGCCUUGCAUUUUCAGAAUUGUCAUGUUUUAGUUGAAACGAUACCAUUAUUUGUGAAAGAACAGUGAAUAAUAAUGGAUCAAUGUGCUUUCUCUUUGGAUUCAUGCACAGGUGCUACUUUGUAGGACAGCAGUAUGUGUCAAUAUUUUUCCUUCUUAGCCUCAGUGAGGAAAGGAGCAUGCACACCUGUGCCACAAGAUAUUGUGGUAAGCCCCUCAUAAUAUAAAUCUUUAAUAAAUAAGGUUAAGACAACUGGGCUGCCACAAAUUAUUGUAUAUAUAUAACUGCAUAGUGUUGACAGGUGCUCAUGGUCAAGGUUGAGUCUGCACACAAAGACCAACUAACCAAACUUUGAUGAUGAAUUGAUGUGUAGACAGACAGUGGGCGUUCAGAUUCCAACAUGGUCAAAAACAAAUUUGAACAGUAAUGAUAAUGUGAACUGGCACAUCUUAUGCAACUUAUUUAAAGGACAGGGACAACUUUCUGAUCUUUUAAAAAUGUGUGAGAGAAUUGAGCACAGAUAGAAAAGUGGGCUACUCUCAGUCCAAAUUGACCUUUGUGUAACUUUGGACAGCCUAGUCCACCCAUAUAUACCUUGAUAACAAACAGUAGGAUUCUCAGCCCUGUGUACCACGAUAACCCGACUUGUGAUUGCCAUGGUCAGUGGAUACGGCAGUUGCCAGUAGAUGACAGCAGUGAUUAGGGCUAGACCUCAACAGACCAUGGAAGAUUCAUCAUCCCAAGCUUGUCAACAGCAACCCGGAUAAUGCAAUGGUGGCUUGUGUCCGGGCUUCCAGCUAGGCCUCGGCAAGUGCUUCUCUCAGCAAGUAAAGCACAGGACAGUGCGUCGGUCAAUAGAAGUGAUGUUGGGGAGAUCAAAAUCAAAAGUGCACAUCCCAGCUCCACUCAGCCCUGCUAUGUAGGCCCAGUAGAGUGGCUCACAGACAGCUGUCUACUCACCCUGCUGGAACUAAUGCCUGGACUUCACUCAUAGAAGACGAUCAAUAAGGCCCCUCCUCUAAGUCCCUUCAUACAGGCAAGACUUAAGCAGGCAGACUUGCUACUGUCUGAAGUGCAGGGCUCUGCAGGGCCAGACAGUGGAAGAGACAAUGGACAUAUUUUCAUGUUUACUUUUGUGUCUCUUGAAUAAAUUUGUUGUUAUCUGAUUGUAUAAUUCAUCAGAGGAAAAAAUAACUAAUUCAGGGGAACAUUUUUUUUUUGUUGUUGUUAAAAGAAAAUUUGUUUUGUUAUGGCUAUUCUUUUUGUCAAAAUUUUUAUAUAUUUGACAUUAUUUCUGGUGAAUAAUAAAGGUUUGAUGGCCUAA